GCAUACCACUCCCAAUGAGUUGGCAGAUACUACUUCUUCCUCUUUCCUUCUUGCCACACUUAAACACUGAAGAGAGUCUGUGUGAGCCCAUCUGCUGCCUGGAGCCUCUGCUUGUAAGGGAGUCAAAGUGCUAUGGAUCCUUUAGUUAAAAGCACAGUCAUCCUACUCAUCGUUUCUCUCUUUGACUGUUCUAAUGGGUAUCCAAAUGGAAAAGUUCAAGAUUCCUGCUCUUCAAUGGUGCCCAAACAUGGUGCCAAUGCACAGACCUCUGCUGCCCCUUACAGUCUGAGUCUUAUUAAAAGUACCUACAGUGCAGGAGAAGAACUUACAGUCACUCUUACGGGUAAUGCCACGUUCACAGGUUUCAUGAUCCAGGCUCGCAAUGGCAAUUCCUUGAACCCAGUGGGCUCCUUCAAAGUCAAUGGAAAUGCACAGACUCUUGAUUGUACCUCUACUGCAAGUGCAGUUAGUCAUACAUCUGCCGAACCCAAACAAAGCAUACAGGUGACUUGGGUGGCUCCAGCAGACAGCAACUCAGACUUACACAUCAGGGCUACGGUGGUGCAAACAAAACUCGUGUACUGGACUGGCGUUCCAAGCUCUAAGCUCACUUACAUCGCUACCUCUGGUACUAAUGGUACAACUGGUACUAAUGCUACCUCUGGUACUAAUGCUACCUCUGGUACUAAUGGUACAACUGGUACUAAUGGUGCAACUGGUACUAAUGGUGCAACUGCUGAAAACAGUGGAUUCCAACAAACUGCUCCUCCAUUAUUUGGCCUCAUUCUAAUGGUGACUGUUCUAUGGAUCUAAAUAGUCUCAGCAGCACUUUACAUGUGAAGAACACUGUGACCUGACACAGCCUAUGCACAAAUUGGAGCUUCCUAUAUAUUUUUUUAACUGUUCUUAUGCUGGGUCUGCUUUAUAGACUUGUUCUGAUGUAGGAUUCUAACAAAACGCUCAAGACUUAUUAG